AGCUUUGAUCUGAAUUUAGUUGCUGUGAGAGAAAAGAGUGAGGAAAGAUGGCCAUUGUUGAGUCCAUUGUCGAGCACCUUCUCCAAAGUCUAGCUGACCCCCUCAUUCAAGAAGCCCGUUUCUUAUGUGGGGUUGGCGGUCAAGUUGAAUGGCUCGAUGGGGAAUUUAAGCGGAUGAAAUGCUUCCUGAAAGACGCAGCCGCCAAACAAGAUGGAAAUGAAGGAGUAAAGAACUGGGUGCAGAGCGUGAGUGAUGUUGCAUACGAUGCUGAAGACGCCAUCGACACCUUUCUCUUCAGGGUAGCACCCUUGAGGCGAAAAGGAUUUGUGGGCCGCGUUAGAAGGUACGCUUUCAUCAUCAUUGAGUUGAUAGCUCUCCAUAAGGUGGGCUCGGAGAUUGAACGGAUAAAGAAUAAAAUCCGUGAGAUCUCUGAAAGUAGGUCGACCUACGGAAUUGAAAGUAUCGACCAGGGAGCAGGGAUGAGAUACACCGGUGUAAGCAUCCGAGAAUGGAGGCUCACUUCUCCUCUUGCUCAAGAACCAGAUUUUGUUGGGUUUGAGAAGGACUUGGAUGAAUUGGUGGUGAGGUUGACAGACGGAGAGCCACGACGUUGUGUUGUUUCUGUAGUCGGAAUGGGUGGUCUCGGUAAGACCACUCUUACUAAGAAACUUUAUAACACUGAUACUGUUAAGAAACAUUUUGAUUCUCAUGCAUGGAUUUCUGUAUCACAAGAAUUUUCUGUAAGAGAUCUUUUGCAGGCCGUGAUAAAAACCUGCAUGGUGCUGUCUAAAGAGGAGCUCGAGGUGGUGGAGAAAGCGGACAUUAUUAGGCUGCAGUACAAGCUCUCCAUGUAUUUGAAAGAGAAGAAAUACCUAGUGGUAUUAGAUGAUAUAUGGACAAAUGACACAUGGGAUGUUCUAAAGGAUGCUUUCCCUGAUAUAAAAAAUGGAAGCAGGGUCAUUCUCACCACGCGCAAGAAAGAUGUAGCUUUACAUGCAGAUGCACAAAGCCCACCCCAUGAACUGCGAUUUCUAAACGAUGAAGAGUCAUGGGAAUUGUUUUGUAAAAAAGCAUUCCCAGGACGAGUCGACGGUUGCCCUCCGGAUUUGGAGGAGUUAGGAAGAGAUAUUGUCGAAAAAUUGCAUUGUCUACCGCUUGCAAUCGUUGUCCUUGGAGGUCUCCUAUCAAGGAAAGAAACAACAGAUUGGGAGAAGGUACGCAAGAGCAUUAGUUGGCAGUGUGUUAAGGGAGAAGAUAAAAUCUCCAGAAUAUUAUCUUUAAGCUAUAAAGAUCUGCCCUACUACUUAAAACCAUGUUUUCUCUACCUCGGCAAUUUUCCAGAGGACUACGAGUUCCACUACAUGGAACUGAUUCAAAUGUGGACAGCAGAAGGGUUUCUUGAAGAGAGAGGGGAAGAAACACUGGAAGAGGUUGGAGAAGAUUGUCUGAAGGAGUUGAUUCAGAGAAGUAUGGUUCAAGUUGCAAGUAGAAGUUCAAGCGGGGGUAUUAAAAGUUGUCGCAUCCACGAUCUUUUGCGGGACCUCUCCAUUGUAGAAGCUAAAGAAGGUAAAUUUCUCGAAGUUCACCGUGGGAAUGCCAAUUCUCCUGCACUUCAACCUCUUACAGCCCGUCGGCUUGCAAUUCAACAUGAUGAUUUAAGUACCUACAUUUCCUUAAGCCGUUCCACUUCACACCUUCGUUCUGUGUUGAUGUACACCCAAGGCUCUACCGGGCUUCAAAGCGAACAAGAGAUGUUUCUCUAUAGAGGCUUUGAGUUGCUUAGGGUGCUAUAUCUACACGGUGUAGAAAUAGACGAGCUACCAAAGGAAAUAGGUAAACUAAUUCACCUGAGAUACCUCAGGUGUACCAAAACUGAAUUAAAAAGCCUCCCAUCCUCCAUAGGCAAUCUUCCCAACUUACAAACUCUAUGUAUAGCAUCUCCUAAUAACAUCAAAGUACCCAGCACUAUCCUGAAGAUGCAGCAGUUAAGACAUCUUCAAGUGAAGUACGUGUUUGAUGAGGUUCAUUACUUGGGAUGGUUUGGAACUUGGGGAAUGAUACAAGGACAUUCAAGGCUUAAGCAGAUGAGUAACCUGCAGACUCUAGCAUACGUAAUGGCUGGGGAGUGGCUGCAUGGUUGCGUGGGAAUGCUUACAAAUCUUAGAAAACUAGGAAUAUGUUUAGAUUUGGAAGGAGUGUAUGAUGAUGUAUUGUAUGAAUCCAUUGAGAAAAUGGUUCGCCUCCAGUCUCUUACGUUAGUGACGAGAUACCCAUUCCCAUUGUCGGUGCCUUUUACACGUCUUCGCAAGUUACGUAAAUUGCGUUUGGAAGUAAAGUUAAACAAGUUACCAGAGUUUCAUGAAUUCCCAACAAACCUCACCAAGCUUACCUUGAAAAACACAUUUUUGGAGCAAGACGCAAUGGCGACGUUGGAGAAGCUGAAAAACCUUCGCAUUCUUAGAUUGUAUGGGAGUUCAUAUUGGGGAAAGGAAAUGGCGUGUUCUGCACAAGGGUUUCCUCGACUGGAAUUCUUUUAUAUUAAAGAAUUAUUUCAGUUAGAGGAGUGGAGAUUGGGGGAAGGAGCUAUGCGGAGUCUUUUAAAUUUACAAAUCUGGGACUGCCCGCAAAUGAAGAAGCUUCCGGAAGGACUUCAACACGUGACUACUCUCGAGAAAUUGGAGUUGUGGAGCAUGUCUGAUGAAUUCAAUGGAAGACUUGAAGAAGACGACGGGGAGGAUUGGCAUAAGUUUAAGCACAUACCCUCCAUCGACAUUCGCUAUUAGGAACUUCGUGUCCUAGCGAGAGCAACAUUGGCCAUCAAUCAAUGGAUUGAACUUCCAGUCUAUGGGCAUGCUCCGUCAACACUGAGAUCCAUCAAAUCAAUGGUCUAGAUUACCACCUGCACUGCUGGAGAAGCUACUUGGCAUGUGGGAGGCGAUUGGACAUGACGUAAAGAAGGGUCGCGAAUUAAAAUUUAUUUCUGUUUUAUGGUUUUUCGGCUGGCUUUCUCAUGUAUGAAUUGUGUGAGAUAUUUGGAUGACAUUUUCAAACUGUAGCAUGACGAUGUGUGUAUUUUUAUUUUCUUUUAAUCCUUCGAUGUAAUAAGAGGUUUCAUUAAUGCUUGUAAUGUAUAACUUUAUCUAUGCUUGGAUGUAAUAUGAUUAUUCAAAGUGGAAGCAGUUAUUUAGAGUGUAGGCUCGGGAGGAGGUUCACCAUACUUCACCAGGAGUUUACAUGCAUGGAUGAUGAAAGCUGCUCAUCAGGUAAAGGCCACAAUCUAGCUUCCUCUGCACAAAAUUCAGGUCAGUCAAACUCUGAUCUUCUGAUAGGCCAUACAUAUUAAUAUACAUUUGGCUCACAUGGUUUGCAACCAACCAUAUUCUUGGACUUUGGCAUAAGUUAUGGGUGAGGUUUGCUAAGUCCACACUUGGGUAGAGCUUUGCGCAACAACAUGCAGCCACAUUGCCAAAAUAGCCUAACAUGCAAGAACAGAGCUUUCCUUUAAGUGGGCCACAUUGUUUAAAACUUCUGGCAUAGAAGUAAGGUUGUUUCACACCUCAGGUGAACCUGUUUUUUAAACAAAUGGAUGUCUAGAAAAAUAUGCAUUAGCCUAUUGUGCCUUAUUGAGAAGCGGAACAAACCAUUUUUAGCGUGAGAAGAUCUGAUCACGAUUGCCCUGGCUUAAACAAUUUUUGCGAACAUCUAUUUGCUUUAUAGAAAGGUUCAACUGAGGUAUGAAAUAACUUGACUUGUAGGUCAGAAGUUCUAAAAAAACAUUGCCCACUUUAUGGAACGUGCUUAUCUCUCACCAUUAUGCUAUAUUGGCACAUGUAGAUGGGCAGGCCUCCACAUGUAAGUGGGAAUAGUAAACAUCUAUUUCAGGUCUACUUUAUAUGGCAUUGAUUUCUUUUGUUCCUUCCAUUAAUAGGUGGUUGUACAAUAUAGAAAACUUAUCAAGGAGCCAAUGCAUGAAUUUGUUUGAAGUUAGUCCAUCCUUUGAAGGCGAUAUGGGAUGAAAAUAUCAAUUUCACAUUCCAAAGCUUAAAAUUUGGUUCAUAUUAGUAAUAUGUCAACCAAAUCUAAACAGGAGUUCCUUGUCAUUCAAUACUUAUGUCAUUAUUUUAACAGACACUGUUAUGUGUAAAAAUGGACUGGCCAGAUGAAUAGACUCAAAGAUUAUGGAUUACUUGAGGGCCAGAAAAUCACCCCAACCUUUGCCUCGAGUACCAACCUCGGCCUUGGAGGUUGGCCUCAAUCAAAGAACUAGACCUUGGUUACCAACUUUGGAGGUCGGUGUCAAGAAAUCAAUUACGACACGUCUAGAGGAAGAUAUCUUCCGUAAUACGCAAUUACCAUCCAAGAGGCAUUGCCAUAUACGCCAUCGCCCCCAAAAAGCUAUAAAUAAAGACUCCACUUACGGUGAAAGGUACACAGAAUCUCUCACCGAAAACCACUCAAUACUACUAGGACCCAGAUUCUUAUCCUAACUUUGGCAUCGGAGGGUCCCCUGCUCUAGCCAGAGUCUCCUUUGUCUUCUUUCUGUGCAGGUACUCAAAGUCUAAAAGGGUGGACCGAAUUUUUACAUCAACAGACACCAUUUUUUUUCGUCUUUUGUAGGACAUUGAUCAAAGAAUUAAGAUCUUUAAUCCAAAAGAUGUUUUGGGGAUCUUUCAUCUAUAGCAGAGCCUAUCCAAUAUAGUCUGGAUCUCCCAGCUACAACCCCACUUGCACAAAUGCUUCCACAUUAACACUUCAACCAAAUUUAUAGGAACUUAUACUUCCUCCUAUUUUAUCCUUUACUAGUUUUAAAGUAGAUUCUUCAACUGAUUUUAUAGUUUUUAAGAAAACAAAUUAUAGCAUGUAACUUACAGGUUUAUUUUAUUUUUCACUCACAGGAGACACUGUGCUGAACUACACUUGCAAAGUGAUAAGAUGGAUGUGGAGAAUGGCGGCACGGGAGUCCAUUUUCUUUUAAUCGUUUCUUGUUACUUCCUUCGUCAUAAAUGGUAGUGAGAUGUUCUGAUAACAUAGAUUUCAAAUUGUAUCGCCAAGACGUCUGUGGCAAAACUUUUGCCACCUAUCAUUCAAUAUGCUACGAUGUGCUAUUAUAAGUAGUUAUUAUAAAUGCUGUAUUUCAAUUUACACAAAAAAAAUUCAAUAACAUUUGAUUUAUUUUCCUAUA